CUGCACUACGGGAGCCUCCUGGGCAGCAGAGCUUGUGCCCAGAUGGCAGCAGCUGCCUGGGGCAGUGGCUUUCUCAAUGCUGUCCUUCACACGGCCAACACAUUUUCCCUGCCCAUCUGCCAUGGUAAUGUUUUGGAGCAGUUCUUCUGUGAAAUCCCCCACAUCCUCAAGCUCUCCUGCUCAGAUGAAUCUCUCAGGGAAGUUGGGGCACUUGUGUUUAGUGUUUCUUUAGCCUUUCUUUGCUUUGUUUUCAUCAUGUUAUCCUAUGUGCAAAUCUUCAGGGCAGUGCUGAGGAUGCCCUCUGAGCAGGGCCGGCACAAAGCCUUUUCCACGUGCCUCCCUCACCUGGCUGUGGUCUCCCUCUUUAUCAGCACUGUCAUGUUUGCCUAUCUGAAGCCCCCCUCCAUCUCUUCCCCAUCCAUGGAUCUUUUUGUGUCAGUUCUCUACUCAGUUGUUCCUUCAUCAGUGAACCCCCUCAUCUACAGCAUGAGGAACCAGGAGUUCAAGGAUGCA